AUGGGACGCAACGGCCCCCUAGGCUCCUUGCGGUCCUUUGACGCCUUCUCCAAACCCCUCGAAGAUGUCCGGAUACGCUCCUCCUCUGGCGCCCUCCUCACCUUUGCCUCCUUUGCCCUCAUCUCCAUCCUAACCUUAUCCUCCUACAUGGACUAUCGUAAAGUGCACCUCACCCAUUCCCUCGAGGUAGACCGAUCAAGAGGGGAACGUCUAGCCGUAGACCUGGACAUCUCCUUCCCUCGAGUACCUUGCUUCCUCCUCUCCCUAGACGUAAUGGACAUUAGCGGAGAACACUUCGACGAUGUACGUCAUGAUAUGGAGAGGAUUCGACUCUCCCACUCUGGAGCACCUAUAGUCGAUCCGCCCUCCAAGGGUUUGCGGGGUGAAGCGGACAAGAUAGCUGCGACCAAGGGAAAGGACUAUUGUGGUUCCUGUUACGGGGCUAAGCAAGGGUGCUGUAAUACGUGCGAUGAGGUGCAGGAGGCCUACCAGGCUGUAGGGUGGAGCUUCAGCGAGCCGGAGACGAUUGAACAGUGUGUUCAGGAGCAUUGGACUGAUAAGUUGAAGGAGCAGAGUAAGGAAGGUUGUAGGGUCAAGGGGAGGGUCUUUGUGAAUAAGAUCACCUCCAACAUGCACUUCAGUCCUGGACGAUCGUUCUCGCGCAACUCGGUACAUAUGCACGACGUGGUUAGCUACCUCAAAGGGUCGGGGGAGGAGCAUCACAGCUUCGAGCAUACUAUUCACAAAUUCUCCUUCGGCGCAGAAAACGAGUUUGACACGCACCCCAGCUCAGGCUCAGGCUCAUCCUCGGGCAACGCCGUCUCUCCCGCCCAUCUAGGCGCCUCAGCAAAGAAGCGACUGGAUAUCGUCGACCCGCUCAGCGGCACAUCGGCGCGCACCCAUCAGUCGGAGUACAUGUUCCAGUACUUUGUCAAAGUCGUCGCAACAGAGUACCAUACGUUGGCAAAGGAGCGCAUCGAUACCUUCCAGUACGCUGCUACGGGAUAUGAGAGGGAUCUGAGCCCACAGGCUAUGUUCGGUGGUGGUGGUCAUGGUGGUGGGCAACAGCAUGCGGGACAGAAGGGAAAGGAUGUGGCGGGAACCCAUCACCCGAAUCAGGUGCAGCACGGUUUUGCUGGUAUACCCGGCGUAUUCUUCAACUACGAGAUCUCCCCCCUCCGAACCGUCCAUAGGGAGUAUCGCAUGCCAUUUGGUCGUCUCCUCUCCUCUCUGUGCAGUAUAGUCGGUGGAGUGCUCACCGUCGCCGGUUUGGUGGAUGCGGCCGUUUGGAAUUGGAGGGUGAGGCGUAGUGCACAGGUGGGGAGUACGGAUGGGGCAGGGGGAGGGGUAGGGUAUGCCGGGGUCGGAGGUGGAAUGGGACAGUAUGGUAGUGGGAUGGCUAGUAGGGGUGGGAAAUUUAUUUGA